AUGUUAACGUCAACUAGAAGAACCGUUGAUCUCCGGUCCGACACGGUGACUAAGCCAACGGAGUCAAUGCGUUCAGCGAUGGCAAACGCGGAAGUAGACGACGACGUCUUGGGGAACGAUCCAACCGCGGUGCGUUUGGAGAAAGAGGUUGCGGAGAUCGCCGGGAAAGAGGCGGCGAUGUUUGUUCCGUCGGGGACAAUGGGGAAUCUGAUAAGCGUGUUGGUCCAUUGUGAUGAGAGAGGGAGUGAAGUCAUUCUUGGAGAUGACUCUCACAUUCAUAUAUACGAAAACGGCGGCGUUUCAAGCCUCGGCGGAGUGCAUCCGAGGACGGUGAAGAAUGAAGAGGACGGGACGAUGGAGAUUAGUUCUAUUGAAGCCGCCGUGAGGAUUCCCAAAGGAGAUCUUCAUCAUCCGGUUACUAAGCUUAUAUGUCUUGAGAACACUCAAGCAAAUUGUGGAGGUAGAUGCCUGCCUGUAGAAUAUAUAGACAAAGUCGGAGAAUUAGCCAAGAAACAUGACUUGAAGCUUCACAUCGACGGAGCUCGGAUCUUCAACGCUUCUGUUGCACUCGGAGUACCGGUGAAGAGGAUUGUUCAAGCCGCAGAUUCGGUCUCGAUUUGUUUGUCGAAGGGAAUAGGUGCACCGGUAGGUUCGGUAAUCGUGGGAAGCAAAAGUUUCAUCACUAAAGCAAGGUGGUUAAGGAAAACAUUAGGCGGAGGAAUGAGACAGAUCGGUGUGCUCUGCGCCGCCGCAUUGGUGGCUCUCCAUGAAAACGUCGCCAAGCUCGACGAUGACCACAAGAAAGCCAAGAUCUUGGCAGAAGGACUGAACCGGAUUGAACGGGUAAGAGUGAACGUCACGGCAGUGGAAACCAACAUCAUAUACAUAGAUAUACCAGAAGAUCCAAAAUUUGGAGCAGAAGACGCAUGCAAAAGUUUGGAAGCUCUCGGUGUCCUCGUCAUACCUCAAGCUAAAUUUAGAAUCAGGAUUGUUCUACACCAUCAAAUCUCAGAUAGCGACGUGGAAUAUGUACUCUCUUGCUUUGAGAAAAUGUUUUAG